AUGGCACUACCAAAGUACGUCCAGUGUUUCGAUGUGUCUGCUAGGCAAAUCGGAUCUCCAUCUUUGAACCAGUGUCUAGAAUCCGGUCCCAAUUUAUUAGAACUCAUUCCAAGUCUCCUUCUGAGAUUUAGAGAAUUUAGAAAUUGUGUUAUUAUAGAUAUUGAAAAGGCAUUUUUGCAAGUGAGCGUUCAUCCGGAAGAACGAAACUAUUUGAGGUUCUGGUGGAAUAAUAGCGACUGUAAAGAAAUUAAGGUAAUGCAACACAACAGAUUGGUCUUUGGUGUAAAAAGCAGACCUUUUCUUUUGGGAUCAGUCUUGUAUUAUUAUUUUGGAAAAUAUUUAAGUGAUGCCAGAUAUAAUCAAGAUUAUGUUAAGAUUCUUCUUUGGAGUUUCCACGUUGAUAAUUUAGUAACGAGCUUAAAUGAAACAUGUGAUAUAUUACCCUUCGUUGAGAUGUCUCAAGCCAUAUUGAGUGUAGGAAAAUUCAAUUUGAGAGGUUGA